UCGGAGCCUGGAACAUCGGGCUUCGACCGGCGUCUGUCGAAGGACGCAGCGGCGGAACUGCCGGCGUCGUCGUUCGUCGAGCAGCGUGGCUGCCGUCGAGCUCCGCCGCUCGCCAUCCAUCCUCGCGCGGUGCACCCCAACCCCGCUCCCGCUCCCGCUCCCGCUCCCGAGAACGACCGAGUCAAACUGCGAAUCUGGCGAAUCCGAGCCGCACAUGUCCAAACGAAGGGUCCAAAUGAAAUACCGUCCACCCCCGACCUGAGCACGAGCGCCGCCUCAGCGUCGUGCCUCGACUCGCCACGCCGCCGCCGCGUUACUGCGGCUACUCGGCUCCAUGCUUCCAUCUCCCUGCUCCCAGCGGUCGACAUCGAUGGUGCGGCGCCACCUGCGGCAACAGCGAGGCUGUCUUCUUCCCACUUCUUCUGCCUGGAGGACCGCGCCCUGCUGUGCCGGCCCUGCGACGUCGCCGUCCACACCGCCGGCGCCCACGUCGCGUCCCACCGGCGCUUCAUCAUUAUAGGCGUCCGCGUUGGCGGCGGCGUCGCGUGCCACCACGUCCCCGGCAGUGGCGGCGUGGGCGGCGGCGUCAGCCCAAACACCAGCAGUGACAACGGGAGCAGCAGCGCUCCCAGGCAGCAGCUCCGGCAACUCAAUGACCAUGCCCGACAAAGAGCGGCGGCCAUCGUCGCCGUUCGGCGCAGUGGCGGCAAGAGAGGUCCUUGGAGGUCUGUGACCGUGGAGCCAGUUCCUGGCCGAUGA